AUGCCGAGAAACUUCUCAGUGUCUCCGAUUUGGCGAUCUCGCGAUUUGGCAACUUCAUACAGGCCUGAUGAGAAAAAGGCUUGUUGUGCUGCUGAGCAUUCUGAUGCUGUUUUCCUGCAGGAACCUCGUCAGGCUGCAGGAGGAAACAGCUGUAAUUAUGCUCCGCCGAUCGUAUACGAACAACUGAACGCCGGUGACGUCGAUAACGUCGAAUGUUAUCUGGAUUUCGAUCCAGUAGCGGCGGCGCAAGGUAAGACCCUUCGGUUAGGCAGAAGGCCUGCAAGUCUCAGAGGAAAAACUGAGAAUACCUACUUGCAGCAAGAAAGGACGACCGAGGCCGAGGACCAAGCGAGCCAAUCGUCGUCGAUUCCGUGCCGAAGCCGAGGUGAGUCUUUCCACUUCGAUAAUGCUAUGGGGUCCAUAUUUGCGGCUAUGGCCCUACCCGAAGUGGAGGUGUAUAGUGACCCUCAAGGAAAGGGAUUUGACGAGUUCAUCAUGAGGUUCACGAUGAAAUACCAGAGCCUUGGGUUACGGAAUGACCUGCUCACCCAACUGUUGCUCUCUAAACUGCAAGGUUACCCAAAAGCGGUAGCGAAAUCCCUACCGAAGCUCGUAAGAGAGGGGAACUUUGAAAGCCUUGUAGAAGCUCUGCGAGCAAAGCUUGCUGUGGACAAUUCGGCGAUGCAGAUGAAGGCGUAUUUGGAUCUGAAACACCUCAAGAAACGUGGAGGCGUAACAGAAUUCUGCCUGGAACUGGAAAGGCUGUCAAGAGAAGCCUAUCCAGAUGCAUCGGAAGAAGAACUGUCCCGUACAAGGGCAGGUGAACUGGUGAGCCAGCUAACCGACUGGCCAGAAUACCUCCAACUUUUUACGACAAUGGAGAUAGCUCCAAAGGAGCAGGCGUAUGACAUGGUGAAAGCCAUGGCACAAAGAUGUGAAAGGAGUAAGCAAGUAGCGGCUGCAAUGCGUAAUGCCAUGGAAGGUCAUGCUCGAAAGAGCCAGGACGGCAGAUUACGUAAAGUUGAUCGCAGUCAUGAUGCUCGGCAAGUCCAAACCACUGUGAACACAUUGGAGGGUGGAAGCAGUAAGCUCGAUGUCCGCGAUGCGACGGCUCAGCGGAGACCCGUCGGAAAGUGUUUCAACUGUAACAAGCAAGGACAUCUGAGAAAGGACUGCACGAUGCCGAAGAAGAACGCUACUGUUACUGAAAAGGUUACCAGAUCGGCUCAGCAAGCAGAGCCGGCGAGAAUUUUUACCGCGUCCUUGAGGAAAUGGAUAUGUGGAGCAGUAGAGGUCGACAACAAGUGCGAAUUGGUCGGUGAACAAACGACCACGGAAGUGCAUCUUCUAGGCACUUCACGCAAAGCGUUGUUGGACACUGGCUCGCAAAUCAGCAUCAUACCACUGCAAGUACUCCAGGCAGCAUUGGAGUCCGGCUUGACUUGGAUGCCGACGUCGAAGAAAUUCCGUUGGACCAGCAAAAGCAGGUAUUCGAUGCUUCGGGCAACAGAAUGUCCUUCAAAGGAGCGAUCAGACUGA